AGCUUGGGAGGCAAAAGCAACGCACAAACGCCACAAGACGACGCCUUUUUGGAGGUGGAGAUAAGCUUUCGCAGAAGUCGCAAGCUUUUGCAAUCAGAAGAUUCACAGAACAGAACAAUUCAAAACCCACACCAACACAAAAACACUUUUCUUUACCAGAUAUCAUGAAUCAGCUCCGACACGACGACUUUCUUCAAUCCCCGCCGCCUUCCUCUUCUCAGCCCAGUUCCAGCCAAAGACCUGAAGCUGACAUCAAGGAUUGUAUAGCUGCGAGAAAGAUUCAGAAGGCUGACAGGGAGAAGUUGAGGAGGGAUCGACUAAACGAUCAGUUUAUCGAGUUGGGAAAUGUUUUAGAUCCUGACAGGCCGAAAAAUGACAAAGCAACAAUUUUAACUGACACAAUCCAACUGCUGAAGGAUUUGACUUCUCAGGUUAACAAACUUAAAGCUGAGUAUGAUAUUUUAACUGAAGAAUCUCGCGAGUUGACUCAGGAGAAGAAUGAUCUCAGAGAAGAGAAAGGUUCUCUCAAAUCUGACAUUGAAAACCUUAACGUUCAGUAUCAGCAAAGGGUCAGAACGAUGUUCCCCUGGACAGCUAUGGAUCACUCGGUUAUCAUGGCCACACCUUCAUACCCCUAUCCAGUACCAAUGCCGAUGCCUCCAGGGCCGAUCCCAAUGCACCCACAUAUGCAGCCAUAUCCGUUUUAUGGCAAUCAUAAUCCAGGGGUCAUUCCUAACCCGUGCUCAACUUUUGUUCCAUACAUAACUCCGAGUACCCUGGUUGAACAGCAGUCCCAACAAUAUGUAUCUCCGGUUAUGCACCCAGGAAACCAGUCUGAUGUUUCAGGCAAACAAGAUUCUAGAAACAAGUCUUCAGGGGAGAGCAAGAUUGAGAGAAGUGAGGACUCAAAUGAUGUUGCGACAAACCUGGAGUUGAAGACUCCUGGAUCUGCAACAGAUCAGGAUUUAUCUUCGGGACAAGGAAAGUCUCCAAGGUCCGUGAGGAAGGAAAACAACGUCAUUGAAAGAAGUUCUUCAAGUAGAUGUUCUUCCUCUCGUAGUGUGCAAGACAGCUCGUCAAAUAGCAUAGUCAGUAGCAGGAACGUCAAUGAUUGACAAAGAGAGUAAAUACAAGGAACAAAAGAAAAAAAAAGGUUCUUUUUAACUUGAGCAUUUCGAUCAUAGAUGUGUUGCUGCUAAUCUAAUGUACUUAGUUCUCUCUGCUGCUCCUUGUUUGAUUUCAGUGAUUGGCAUUGUUUAAGUUUGAAUAAUUGAUCUUACCCUUAGUUGAAGCACUUUUUAUAUGAAGUAAAUUUGUAAAUGCUAAAAAUUUUAAGCAACAAAGAUGUAAGGAAGAAUUGUUGUAACUCGUCAGGAUUGUUCAAUGCAUAUACUGUGGCUGGAAGAUGUCCAACUUGGGUUUGAA